GCGUGGGGGCGUGUGAGCGCCGUCGCAUGCAUCAUGCUGAUGGCAGCGGCGCUGGGAGGUUAUCACAUGAUGAUGAAGAGGUUUGAGCAAGACGCUCUUGCUUCCUCUCAGUGCGAGAAGAAUGCGACAGCAGCGAAAGAUCUGCAGCAGGAGAACGCGCGGCUGGUUGCUAAACUGGACAAAUUGACGAAGCAGUACCAGAAGCUCUUGACUUACAUGAAGGAGAAGUGCGACAUGGGGGGAGGGGACCCUACCGGAAAAAUGAGCUCAUUAUGCAGCACGGAGCUGGACGUGUGCAAGGGGAACCUUGUUGAGGCUCGCGCAGAGCUGAAAGCUUGCAGUGGUUAUGCAGAGAAGAUAGAUGAUAAGAAUUUACAACUCAAGCAGAACCUUACCAAGAUCAAAGAAGUGGACAAGCGAAUGCUCGGAGAGACAGGAGCAUUGAUCGAUAAACUCAUGAGAUCCAAUUUUUCCAGAGCAGAGAAGGAUAAAAGACUCAAAUCGAUGAUCGAGAAGAAUCUUGAUGAUGAAGAGAGCCAACUAAGUAGUAUCUUCAAGAGCAACGGGAUCAAUCUGGGCAGGAAAAACAUUGAUUUCCUUUCUAAACUCUCGAAAAAUCGCUCGACCAGCGAGAACAACUUCUCAAAGCUUACCAACGCGACUAGCCUCGUCUUGAACGGUGGCAAAGACGGCAAGUUCAAAAUUCAGCUCAACCUUGGAAAUGGGAGCAAAGUGGACGUGAAGAAAUUGAGAGACGUUCUUCCAUCCAUCUUGAAGUCGCUGCCCCUCCCUCUACAGCCAUUAGCUAGACAGCUCCAGAGUGACGUCAAGAAGCAUCAGCAAGAACUGAAAGUUCUCGAUGGCCCAAGGAGGAAGAAAUCAAAAGUGGACACCCGGCCAGACCCUGCCGAAAUCUUCCGUGGGAUGAUGCAGAAUUUCCCGAGCUCGAUGAUUGCGAAUCACCCGGUGUUCUCCCGGAUGGGAGGACUCUUUCCUUCCCGUGGAAGAAAUCCUGACGAUCCUGCGAGGGGGGAACCUUUCAACCCGUUCUCCAGGAUGCAGAGAGCUCGUGGUGAUGAUGAUGACGAGGAGGACGAUGACAAAGUCAGGCGCUCUAGAAUUUCCCUGCCGUUUCCGGCAGCACGAUCUCCGUUCCAGGAUCGAUCAUCUCCCAUGUUCCCUUCGUUUCCAGGUCAUCUUCGCCCUCCUUUCCAGAAUGACGACGAUAACGACUAAAGUGCUGAGGGCUGAUGUGCGGCAUGCCGCUGCCGCCGAGCCUCCGUCGAGCAGCGUCGGACGGCUCCACGGAAUGUCGGAGUCUGCCGACUCUGACGUGGUCUGUCGAGUUUCAGCUCGGACUCACCGCGGACUCCA